AUGGCUCCAGCUGGGCCGACAAGCUCGCCCUUUAGUUUCGGUAGUGAAGACACUGCGUCCAGCAGCAGUUGGUGGGGCAAAAUAUGGAAGGCGAAAGAGCUCCCUGGGGCCAGCGAGACAAUUAGCGUCAAGCUGACAUACGUGCCGCGGUCGGGGCCCAUGGAUGAGUACAUCCGCGCGACGUAUACUUGUUCUGGCAUGGAGAAACUCGUCUGCCGACGAACCGUUUCGCCGACGAGGUCGGGAAGCUCGUGCUCGGAUCGUUCCAUUCGCGAGAACGAGGGCAUCCGGGCUCCCCGGAACUCGACGGACAUCAACCAUGAUCCAUUUCUGCGGGCCAUGCGCUACGAGAAGUGA